GACUACGAUCGGACAGAAAUAGAGACAGAAACGGAGAUAAUUACGAAUAAAAGGAGAUUGGAAAUUAAUUUGCGCUUUAACUCUAUUCCUUUUUUUUUAAUUUUUUUUAUUUCUUUAUUAUUUUGUUGUCUAAAUUUAAUUCUGCCACAAAGAUGAAACGUAAAUUAUUUCUUGUCGAGCAAGCAUAUUAAUUUGUUAAAUGGGAGCAAAAUGAGUUGGAGAAGUCAAUAAAAAUUGCAUAAUCAGCGCAUUGCAUUACUCGAUUGUACAAUUUAUGAGUGCUGCUCAGCAUUUUGACGCACCAAUGAGUUAUUUUACGUGCGGAAUUCAUUGCAGCCACAAUGCACACGAGUGAAAAUAUAUCUGUAUUCUUAAUUGUAAUCUUUGGCUUUGUUGCGGCCAAGUCGGUUCAAGAUUUACCAUCGUUUCUGAAGAUAUGUCACCGCAACGAUCCAAACCUGAACGAAUGCGUAAAACGAAGCGUGGACUCGUUAAAGCCAUACUUGAAGGUAGGCAUUCCAACAUUGCAAAUACCAUCAUGCGAGCCACUCCGUGUGCCACACAUCGAAGUCAGCCAGGCGGCCGGUCCAAUUUCCAUCAAAUCGACGUAUAGCGACAUCGAGAUUCAAGGUGGAACAAAUGUUAUCUUGAAAAGCAUCAAUGUUGAUGUCAAUAAUGACCGCGUUGGACUGAAACUGUUUUUCCCUCGUCUUGAGAUGACUGCACACUACAACAUGAACGGAAAGAUCUUGCUGCUGCCCAUAACCGGAAACGGUUUGGCGCGUGGCAAUUGGACGGACAUCGAUGUCAUAGCUACCAUCCAGAGCGAACGUUACCAGUCCCAAAAGACCGGUGAGAUCCAUUAUCGCGUGACCGAUAUCUAUGUAGACUUGGACGUUGGUUACGCUAGUAUACACCUGGACAACUUGUUCAAUGGUGACAAGAUCUUGUCCGACGCCAUGAAUCUUUUCCUGAAUAAUAACUGGGAUACUGUGGCGGCUGAAAUGAAGCCAGCUCUCGAGCAAACCAUUUCGGAACUCUUUAAGACAUUCUCGAACAAGAUCUACUCGAAGUACUCAAUAGACACGUUGCUGCCGCCUUAAAUACGCAUUAUCUUGUACCUGUCUUUUAUGAUUACGAAAAUUUCAUAAAUAAAUCCACAUGGUUUACUUAAAA